ACUUUCGUGCGUUUCUCGGCAAACAAAACCGAAAUCCUACGUUUCUGGAACUGAAGCAAAAUUCGAGAAUCGUUUCGCAAUGCUCUGAUUUUCUCUCUGAUGGUGUUGGUGAGUCCUUGCUAGGAGAGUGGAAGCGAAGACGAAUCAAAUGUUGGUGCGAGAUAUGAACUAUCGAAGGGAGCAUCGUGCCUCAAGAACGUCUCUCUUUGAUGGCCUUGAUGGACUUGAGGAAGGUCGCUUGAGGGCUUCCUCUUCGUAUUCUCAUGAUAUCACCGAGCGCGACAACGAUGAAGCUCUGGAGAAUCUUCAGGACAGAGUUUCAUUUCUGAAGAGAGUGACUGGAGACAUACAUGAGGAAGUUGAGAGUCAUAACCGCUUGCUCGACAAAGUGGGGAACAAAAUGGACUCUGCGAGAGGAAUAAUGUCAGGAACGAUCAACCGUUUCAAGUUGGUCUUUGAGAAGAAGUCUAAUCGAAGAAGUUGCAAGCUCAUAGCGUAUUUUGUGCUCUUGUUCUUGAUCAUGUAUUACCUUAUUAGGUUAUUAAACUUCAUCAAAGGGUGAAUUUUUGGAUUCAAGAAGAAAAGUAGAUUGUUAUAUCAUACUCUGUCUCGUUUUGGUUUGGGUUUCUCCUGAUGAAUGAUUCAAGACAUAUUGAACUAGUCAAGGGACCCAUAUUGAAACAAGACAAAGAAAGAUACUGUGAAGAGACUGGUGAACCGAAAGAAAAAUGGUAGAUAGAGACACUUCUUUGUCCGAAGCACAAUCACCUCAAUGUCAUUUCAUGUAAUGUAGUAAAAGCUUCUUUAUGAUUUGUCAAACUAUUUGAUCACAACCAAACAAAGGUCUUGGAUCGUGUUUAACCAUUUUU